AUGAACCAGGCAGUCUUGGUGCCGGUGCUGAUCGUUGCUGGAAUAUCUUUGGUGCUGCUCGUUCUCUUCAGUUUUGACACCUUGGAGUACCAGGAGUAUGGAUUGAACUAUAGUAAGAUCAGCGAGACGGUUGAGAGACAUCCGUAUACGAGCGGCAGAUACUAUUUGGGAAUUGCCAAUCAUUUCAUUCGAUUUCCUCGGAUGGUGAAUUCCGUUCUCUUCAGUGAUGAGGAUGCUGGGAAAAAGCAGGGGCCUGCUCUACAGAGCCGAACUCGAGAUGGCCUGAAUGUCAGACUCGAGGUUUCUUUUCAAUACAGAUUAAAGUUUGAUCGGGUCUACGAUCUCUACGCAACCCUUGGAAGCGAUUAUGAGCCGACAUUCUUGCGUAUGGCAAUCGAGCAGCUGGCCACAGCGGCCACGGAUCACUCUGCGCACUUCUUUUUCACCAAUCGCACGGCUAUCAGUGCGGUGAUGCAUCAGAGACUUGAUGAUCACUUCCAGGAGAGAGCCUUCUCGGAGGUGCCUUUCUUUCAGCUCAGGACUGUGCAUUUGCCGCAUGACUUUGAGGAGGCCAUCCGAGAAACACAGGUGAAGCAGCAGGACAUUCAGAUAGCUACCCUGGAGCAGAAGACCAAGACGGUUACCUUCAAGACUCGAGUUCUACAGGCGGAGCAGGAUGUAAAGGUCUUGGUGAACCAGGCAGAAGCAGAAGCCGCAAGCAUUCAGGCUGCGAAUAGAGCAUAUUGCCAGCAGUACCAGGUGACGCAAGAUUUGCAGACCAGCGCCUUGUCACGCUUGGCAAAAUCAUCUGGCUGGAAUCCAGAAGAGCUACUGCAUUACAUGAGAAUUCGCGCAUUGCGAAGUCACCCAGCAAAUAGGAGUAUGAUCCGAUUUUAG